AUGUACAAUAAAGAGGGAGAAACGUCAAUAGAUGAGAAAGAAGUAUCAAAACGAGUAAUGAAGCAGAAGGAGCGACGAAUAAGAAGGAGGAAAGAACAAAGGUUGGAGAAAGAGACGGCAGAGAAAUUGGCAACUGCAAGUGAGCAACAACAGCAAGAAAAAGUGAACGAACCUCCAACAAAGCAAUUGAAACACCACGAAAUACAGAAGGCCAGAGAAGAUUCAAGUUUGUCGAAAGAAGUCAACGAUGACAAACCCAAUUAUCAAUUGAGAUCCGCUAGUGCUGCGGGCGGAGCAGCGACUGAGGCUUCAGCUCCAGUGCCAACUAGUGCACCAGCUCCUUCAAAGACAAUCGAUCUUCUCCAAAUGAUCAAAAGUGCGCAGAGCCAGAGCAACAGCGUCAACGUCACGCCAGCCAUCACCACUCCUGUGACCACACCGGCGCCAGCGCCAGAGCAAAUGCCUGCGUUGCUUCAAAAGUUGAUGUUCAAGGAGCCUGGUACUGCAAUGUCGGCCGAUGAGCUCGAAAAAGAUAUUCUGAAAACGGCGAAACCGCAUCGAAAUCAUCUCCUUCAAGACUCUGCAAACUCGCCAUCUGCGAUUUCGUUGGCGGCGAUCUCGACGAGAUCAGUGCAUGGAUCGGAAAGACAUCAGGAUGUUGACGUGGCUGAGGGAGAGGUUCUGGAGCCGUUGGAUACGUCGUUCGUUGAGGGAUCCGGUGGUCAGAUACCCGUGUUGAAUGAGGAACAGAUGAUCGAUCAGUUCGUGGUGGACUGCUACUUUGUUGGCAGAGAGUCGAACAAUCUCAUUCUCCAAGACCGUCGACUAAAAUUCGCUCAAACCCACUUGGAGAUACUGAGUCCCAAACCAGAUGAAGUUCCGCGAACCGUCUCAUGCAGUCAGUUCCAAUUCAAGAUUCUGAAAGCCGGAAAGAAACAUUUGAAUUUUCCACUCGUGCCCGACACAGGAUAUCUGGCACUCAAGAUGAGGUUCAAACCAGAACACGAGCAAUAUAUCGAUUGGGUGGUGGAGCAGUUUAAUGAAAUGAUUAAAGGAAAUAAGGACAAAAUGCAGAGCACAAAGCCCAACUUCAAACAAGUUCCAUCGAUCGUCUCUACAGAAGUGCUUAACAAAGACAUCUAUCAGAUACGCCCGAUUUACAACGAGAAAAAUUGCUUAGCUGAACUAGAACGACAAAGAUCCCAGUCGAGAGCAAUGAAUGUCUCACCUGUUUCCCAGCAGACUCCGCCCAAACAACUUCCAAGUCUGGGAUAUAUGAAACAAUUGGUGUCUCGAAGCGAUGCUAUAGACUCGUUCAUAAAUGCAUUGUGGUCGUUGAAAGAGUUUUAUUACGCACCGGAGAAAUCAGAUCGUACCGAAAUUGCACCAUCAACGGAUUUAUUCUCUCUUGAAAAGCCAGAGAAAUCGAAGAACUUCAAAGGCGACGAAUUCCGUAACAGAAGGCUGGAAAAUACUGAAAACUCGUGCUACUUCAACGCCACGAUGCAAGCUUUAUCGGCGUGCCACCCAUUCAUUUCUUGCUGUAGAAUUCUCAAGCUUACGAAGAAAGAUAAAAAAAAUUUCUGCGAAAAUCAAAAGUAUUCAACCACAAAAUUGGAGCAGAAAUAUACUUUGUUCGCUGACAUGUUGGACAUGAUGUCGACUUUGAGUGGCUGUGAAGAAGAGAGUGUCCAUAGAAUGAAUCGAAGUAGAUUGACGAAAAUCCGUCAGAAUCUUGGAAGAAUCAAUCAUGACUUCGACAAUGACAACCAACAAGAUGCUCAUGAGUUUCUGCUAAUGCUUCUAGGAUCAGUCGAUGACGUAAUAGAAGCCAACAGGAAAAAGUCAAAGACGAUGGAAGAAACUGCUCUUCUUAACCCGUCAAAAGUAUUUGAAUACGAGGUAGAAACGUGGUAUGCUUGUCAAUCCUGUCACAAAAUGGAACGAAAAUCUGAUUAUCGAUCAGAUUUAUCCCUCAACGUGAGUGAAAAUUGCGAUGUUCAAAAGCUUCUUUCCUCGCUUUCCGAAUGGUCUCCAGUGGAAAAAGAAUGUGCAUUCUGCAAAGAAACCAUGUCUUCGGCUUGUGAACGAAUUUCGAAAUUUCCACCAAGCCUUAUCAUGAAUUUGAAACUAUAUGAAAUGCAAGAAACAGAAGGCAUGACAAAGAAGAAAGACUGUUCUGUGAAUGAUGCGUUCGAAAUUGACUUAUCUUCACUCAGGUCUCACACAAAGCCGGAAAUCUUCGAUAUGAAUCAAUAUGAAUUCGAAAGUGACUUUGAACAAGAUGAGAAUGGCAAUGCGUCACAAGAAGAAUCACAAAAUGACAUAAUCAUAGACUCAGUGAAAAAGUCAAAGGAUCUUUAUUUCGAGCCGCUUUCGGAUAUCGAAGAUGUGAAAGAAAUGCUCGGGAAGUUGAAUAUAGCCUUCUGCGAGGAAUCUGUGAGAUCACAUCUCAAUGGAUUGAAGUUACCCGUUGAGAAGAUGUCGCGCUCCGAUUGUCCUGCGGAUAAAGUUCCGAUCGUUGGUGAUGGGAACUGCUUCUAUCGUGCGAUCUCUUGGUGUCUCACUGGUUCCGAGAAAUUCCACCGAAAGCUUCGAUUAGCCACUGCCGAAUACCUCAAAAACAAUGAAGCAAAUCUGAAGAAGUACUGUAAGGAGAAGAACUACGACGAUUACGUCAAGAAAGUGGAAAAGAACUCUGAAUGGGCUGUCUCCUGUGAGAUUUUCGCAAUGGCCAGUAUGCUGAACAUCGAGAUUUUGACAUAUCUGGAUAAUCGAUGGCUGUCUCAUGUACCGUGGGGAGGGAGAGUGUCGUCGGGAGGAUCGAUUUACUUGAAUAAUCAGUUCCUUCACUUCGAGCCGACGACCUCUCUCUCGAAGUCUUGUUCACGAAAUACCGAUUCCCAGUCAUCAGCUUCACAGCAAAACGUCGCCAAUAAAACAUCACGAUGCGAAAGUAAACGAAAAACGGAUGACAAUGAGUCAGAAGAAGACACUCUCGAGAGAAGAAAUGAAACACAAACUGCCGAAAACGGAGAAAUUUCAGAGUACAAAAUGGAUCAAGAGAACUGUGAAACAACGACUGCACAGGAACGAGACACGCAUUCUCCCGAAGAGGUCAAGUACAAUUUGGUAGCAGUCGUCUGUCACCUUGGAGAUUCGCCACACAGAGGACACUAUGUGGCUUACAUCAAAGAUCCAAAUAAGUCCUCAAAAUGGAUCUACUGCUCGGACAAUUUCAUUGAGGAGGUGUCAAGGAGAACAGUUGAAAUUGCAAUCAGAACUUCGGGCUACGUUCUUUUCUAUGAUCGUCAGUAA